AUGCCGAGCCACAAGUCGUUCCGCACCAAGCAGAAGCUGGCCAAGGCCCAGAAGCAGAACCGCCCGAUUCCGCAAUGGAUUCGUCUCCGCACAGGCAACACCAUCAGGUACAACGCUAAGCGGAGGCACUGGCGCAAGACCCGUCUCGGUAUCUAA